CAAAUCAUUUAAACAUUUGACACUUGUAGCAACAGGUAGGAUGUCAGUGUUCCCUCAUUCCACCUGAAGUACGAAAUAUCCCCAGAAGGAUAAUCUGAUAAAUUCACUCCUCAUCUGUAAACCUUUAGGUUUUUCUGUGCAUGGCCAGCAGAUGGCGCGAGUUUCAAUGUGAUUAAGAUGGCCGAGAAUUGAUUUUUCACGUUCGCAACGCGUUUAUCACAUAAAUUAUCAGAGAUUCGCGCGCAAAAUAGUAUUAUUUGUGUAAAAUAAUACGACGUUCAUUUCAAAAGCAUGUGUGGUCACUUUUGACGUGACAAUUAAAAUAUUCUCUCCUCGGUGCGCGAAGUUUCCUCUGACAGGACUAUUGCCGUGAAGCCAACUGGCGAAGCUUCGUUAGCGAAGUCAACUUUCGAUGUUUUGUUCGAAAUUACAAAUAAUUAUGAAAUGAGUGCUAAAGGGCAGCACAAUUGCGUCCUAUGUGAUACCAAGUUGGAGUCCAAGGAAGCACUCCAAGAACAUUUUAGGAAACAUGCCAAUAAGGAAAUAGACACUCGUGGCAAGCCAGUCAAACAGAAUAAGAAUGCAGAUACGCAAUGCGAUAUUUGCGGACAGUCCUUUGACAGUAUAACUGCCACUAUAAGGCACCGAUUUAAGGUGCAUCCAAAUUCUCCCACGAAAUUUUAUUGCCAUUUCUGUGGGAUGCAGUUCCCAUUGAAAACACACAGGGACAACCAUCAAGCGUCUCACGAUCCAGCCGAGAGUGAAAAGAAGGAGCAGCAUAGAAAGUGCGAAGAUUGCGAUGUAAUGUUUUAUAACGAGAAGGCCUUAGAUUAUCAUUAUCGAUCCAUACACAAGCGGAUGGUACAUUUGUUUCAACCGAUAGCAACCCCGCCGCCCAGUAAUAAGAUUAAAGUAAAUUCUAUGAAUGACGCCUUAAGCGUCUAUUAUUGCCACCUCUGUGGAGCAGAAUAUGUGAUAAAAUUUAAUCUUCAGCAGCAUCUCGAAAAAGCGCACACGCAGGAGGAGAGAGAAGCUGUUCCCGAGGACUUGAUAAAAUGCACUAUGUGCGCGGCAUUGUUCUGCAGUAAAAAGGCAUACGAUGUGCACAAUAGCUAUCACCAGCCUGAUGACUUGUACGUCACGUCCGAGGAGCAGAGGUUGCAGACAGUAACGAAGGUCGAUCAGGACUUCGACAUCAGAAGAGUGGAGACCGUAGCAGAUAAGUACGUGCCGAAGAGUAUCACGCCGAAGAGAACGGCGAAGCAUUGGCCAAAGGUGAGGAAGAUGCACAAGGUAGCAUUGAAGCAGAGGAAGGAUGACUACCCAUCCUCUGACGACGAUCCCCCUUGUACAAUCGAUUCGAGUGAUUCGGAGAGUGAUUUGCCCCUGAAUCAACGCAUAAAAUCCAGCUAACGGAGAUCUCGCCUCAUCUACAAAUAUCCGUCAUUCUGAACAAAUUGCAUUAUCAUAAUAUACUUUUACAAAAUUAUUAUACAUUGUAGUACCAUACAUAUAUAUAUAUAUAUAUAUAUAUAUAUAAAGUCACAUGUGUAAUGUUAUACAAUUC